UAAAAAGCGGGCCCUCACGUCUUUCGAUGCACAUAAACACACCGAAAACGCAUACACCGACAAAAGUUCGCAGCACGAAUCCUUUAUAUUCUUUUUUAUUUACGGCGCGAGGCGAGGGUAAGGAAAGUCGUGGGGCCACGUGGAGGGGUCGCGUGGGGUGCUGGGCGGGGCGAUGCAGCUGCAGCCCGUGGGGCUUCGCUGGCCCCGAUCAGUCGAGGCGCGCGCGUCACACCGCCACGUCACGGCUACACCGCUACUUUGCCGCCAAAACUUUCGGAACCAUCGCGAUUGCCGCGGAAACUGACAAAUUAAAAAAAAACAAACUACCGAGAAAAGAAUAACAAAACUGUUUUUUUUUUCGUACAGCCAGUGUUGCGACACAGAUUGCCGAGAAAUGUUAUUGUUGAUUUGACAGUUCGCGAAUUUUGUGAAGUUUUGAAUUGGCGGGCGUAUUAGGGUUGAUGUGUGCGAGCGAGAGAGCAGGCAUGGAGAGCACGGGCGAGGAAACGGGACGGAGUGCGCCCCCCGCGCCGCUCACCCCCGCCGUCGCGCAACCGAACGGCUCCAAUAAGAUCAUCGGGCGAAAUGUGAAUGGAACCAUGGUUGUGACGUCGGCUCCUGCUAAUGAAGCUGAACUGCAGCUGUAUAGGGUGAUGCAGAGGGCUAGUCUGCUGGCCUACUACGACACGCUUCUUGAAAUGGGCGGAGACGAUGUUCAGCAGCUGUGCGACGCAGGUGAAGAGGAGUUCUUGGAAAUAAUGGCUUUAGUAGGAAUGGCUUCCAAACCUCUCCACGUGCGCCGUCUCCAGAAAGCCCUGCAAGAAUGGGUGAACAACCCAGCCCUCUUCCAGAUCCCCAUAGUUCCCAACCUGUGUCCCACCGAAAACCCUUUCAUACAAUGCAACCAAAGAUUACUCAACAUCCCUCCUCCCUUACCCAACGUUUUACCAAGGAGUGUCGCCUCACCAGAAAGCAAUAGGCCAAUGUACAGUCCCUCGCCAGGUGCUCCAGAAAACAGUUGUGGUUCCACAACAUCAGCUCCCAACGCUAGUCCUGUACACCAAAUCAGUACAUUCACUAAGAUAGUUUUACCAUCAUCUCCCGCCCCAGCGACUCCUGUCACUUCUACCGCAGCUCGGUCGUUCUCUCCUCAAAGUGCUUGCCCUCCUGCAUCAGCUGGAUCUAGUCCUAGUUCUGUCACUUCUCCUGUACAACUCACGCCAGUCUUACUAGACAUCCAUGUACAAAAAUUAGCGACUGCGGCGGAGAAACUGAGCAAACACUUGCCCCAGUUGGAACCGAAGCCGCAGAAUACGAAGAAGAAGAUGUGCAAGGACCUGGAGCUGGUGAUGCUGAUGCCGGAGUCAGACCCGAGGAGGAUGGAGGAGAUCAGGAAGUACGCAGCGAUAUACGGCCGGUUCGAUUGCAAGAGGAAACCGGAGAAGCCGCUAACGUUGCAUGAGGUGAUGGUAAACGAGGCGGCGGCGCAGAUGUGCCGCUGCGUGCCGGCGCUGCUCACGCGCCGCGACGAACUGUUCCCACUCGCGCGCCAGCUCGUGCGCCGCGCCGGGCUGCACUACUCCAAGCACGGUUUGCCCCCCAGCGCCGCGUCGAUGGGAGACGAGAGGGAACGAGACGAAGACGAGACGCCAACGAAGCGCGCGCGACAGGAAGGGGAGGAGGGCGGCGCGCGAGUGAGUCCGGACGCGGCGCGGAGCAACUCCAACCAUAGUUGGUGGGGCGUGAAAGCCGAGAGCGAUGACGCAGACUCCAGAUGUUCCUACUCCAGUACCAGUACACCUCCACCCGAGCCAGAAGACUCUCGGCCGCAAGUGGUGGCCGCACGGGGCGACAGCAUCAUCGCCGUCGCCAACCCCGCGCUGCAACCCCAUCCCGCGCGCAACCACUCCAACUGACGCACGCGGGCUGAUCUCUUCGGUUCUACGCCUAUAUUCCUGUUCCACGAGUUGACUGCAGAUGAUGCGUGUCACCUGUUCUUUGUCAUCAGUCUCAGCUCGGGAUAUAUGUAUAAAGAACAUCAAAG